UUGGCCAUUUGGCUAGAACUGGUUUGCAUCGAGUUACUAUAAAACGACCGGAAACCACACCAUCAGCGCCGUACUACUUUUCUGCAGAGCCAAAAAUGGCGGAUAAAGAAACUUCGAAGCCGAUAGUAGAAGAAGUGGAAAAUGAGGAUUUGAACAGUAUCAGAGUCUGCGGCAUGCAGUUCGCGUAUGAAGGGGAACCACCGCUUUUCGCCGACUUCAACCUUAAGAUCCCCCCCGGAUCUCGAUGUCUUCUCGUUGGCGCUAACGGAUCUGGGAAGACCACUUUGCUGAAGAUUCUUGCUGGUAAGCACAUGGUUGGAGGAAGAGAUGUGGUGCGUGUGCUGAACAAUUCGGCUUUUCAUGACACUAAGUUGGUGUGUAGUGGUGACUUGGCAUAUUUGGGAGGAUCUUGGAGUAAAACCGUUGGCUCCGCUGGUGAGAUUCCACUUCAGGGUGAUUUUUCUGCAGAACAUAUGAUAUUUGGAGUUGAAGGGGUUGACCCGGAUAGGAGGCUCAAUUUAAUUGAGCUACUUGAUAUUGAUCUGCAAUGGCGAAUGCAUAAGGUAUCUGAUGGGCAGAGGCGUCGAGUCCAAAUAUGCAUGGGUCUUCUUCACCCUUUCAAGGUCCUUUUGCUAGAUGAGGUUACAGUGGAUCUGGAUGUUGUUGCUAGACUGGACUUACUCGACUUCUUCAAAGAAGAAUGUGAUCAGAGAGGAGCCACAAUAGUAUAUGCAACCCAUAUUUUUGACGGUCUGGAGACAUGGGCAACGCAUUUAGCAUACAUUCAAGAUGGCGAGUUGAGGAGGGUACAGAAGUUAUCGGAGGUGAAUGAGUUGAAGAAUUCAGCCAAUCUACUCUCUGUUGUAGAGUCUUGGCUCCGUGCUGAAACUAAGCGUGAGAAGAAGAAACCCACUAACCCUCCUGCCCAAAUCCAGAAGACCUCACCUUUUGGUAGUUCUCCCUUUAUGUCAUCCAGGCAUAUGGCAUACUACCGUUAAUUUUUCUGAAGUUAAUUCUUGUUUGUACGAUUCAAAUAAAGCUUUAAAGAUAAUUGAUAGGAACUCAAAUUCAAGGCAAAAGUAGAAAAAUUAUGAGGAAAAAAAAGAGAAGAUUUUAAAUGAUAUGCCAAAGUUACAUACGUCCAUUUUGCUCAA